ACUCCUCUUUUGUGACCAUGGCGCAACGUUUUAGUGAUGGUGGGAGGGAGGCAUUGUGAGAAAAUCUCUUUCACCCCUUGCAAAUACGACCCCCCUGGGGGCUGCGAUGCCGGGGCUCCCGCUUUGCAGAGGGAGGGGGAGGAGCCCGGCUGGCCCAGGGUUCAAAGGAACUGGGCUGGAUUCCGAGAGAGGACUGGGAAUAAAGAGGGCCACGUCCCCCAGAGCCAAAGACCCUUCCUCCCCCUCCCUUCCUGCAAGGGGGUGCCUGUUGCGUCUCUGCUCCGCGAGUGCUGCCUCGGGGGCGCCUUCGGGGAUCCGGGUCCAGUGUGCUUUGAAGAUGUAGCUGUCCAUUUCACAGACGACGAGUGGGCGUUGCUGGAUCCUGACCAGAGAGCUCUCCAUAAGGAAGUCAUGGAGGAGAAUCGUGGGAUCUUGGACUCUCUCGGUAAGGCUCCCUAUUGGAUCAUCCUAUCUGUUUUGUAAUUCAAGACAUCUCUCUAUUGGACGAACCUCUGAUUUUUC